AUGGCCGACAAAAUGGACAUGUCUCUGGACGACAUCAUUAAGCUGAACCGGAGCCAGCGGGGCGGCCGCGGCGGGGGCCGGGGCCGAGGCCGGGCCGGCUCCCAGGGAGGCCGCGGAGCGCAGGCCGCCGCACGAGUGAGCCGGGGCGGCGGGCCCAUUCGGAACCGGGCGGCCCUCGCCCGCGGCGCGGCGGGCGGCGGAGGCAGGAACCGGCCGGCGCCCUACAGCCGGCCGAAACAACUUCCCGACAAGUGGCAGCACGACCUCUUCGACAGCGGCUUCGGCGGCGGCGCCGGCGUGGAGACGGGCGGGAAGCUGCUGGUGUCCAACCUCGACUUCGGAGUGUCCGACGCUGACAUCCAGGAACUGUUUGCGGAGUUCGGGACGCUGAAGAAGGCUGCCGUGCACUACGACCGCUCUGGCCGCAGCCUGGGAACCGCCGACGUGCACUUCGAGCGGAAGGCAGACGCCCUGAAAGCCAUGAAGCAGUACAAUGGCGUCCCUUUGGAUGGCCGCCCCAUGAACAUCCAGCUCGUCACCUCACAGAUAGACACGCAGCGCAGGCCGGUUCAGAGUGUCAACAGAGGCGGGAUGACUAGAAACCGAGCAUCCGGAGGCUUCGGCGGCACCCGGAGAGGCGCCCGCGGGGGCAGCCGAGGCAGAGGCAGGGGCACCGGCCGGAGUUCGAAGCAGCAGAUCUCCGCGGAGGAGUUGGACGCCCAGCUGGACGCAUACAACGCCAGGAUGGACACCAGUUAAAGCACCAGGAGUCCGGGCACGGAGCUGGGCCAGACGUCCCCGUGCCCUGCUUCCAGAGGGCGGCCGGCGGGGCUGUGGCCAAUGAUGGAGUUGUUUCUUCUGUUUUGAAAUAGGAUUUAAAACUCAUGUAAAGAUUUUCUUUUCCUUUUUUUUUAAAAUUCUGAAACAAACCUGUUUUGUACUGAGUUAUUUUUGGGAUAAAUUUUACUGGUUGCUGUUGUGGAGGAGGUGGCGUUUUCACCUUUGCCAUAAUAAACAGAAACGUGUGUAGAA